GCCCACAAAGCGCUCGACCUUUAACCGCAUCCCUCGCUCCUUUAAAUCCUCCCUCUCGCUCUCCUCCGACCUUUUCACAUCUCUCUUUUUUCUUUCUUCCACUAUUUUAGAUUGCAGCGUUUUCUUGGGGUUCGAAGGAUCUCGCCAAUGUCGACGGAGAAGGAGAGGGAGAGCCAUGUCUACAUGGCCAAGCUCGCGGAGCAGGCCGAACGCUACGAUGAAAUGGUUGAAAGUAUGAAGAAAGUUGCCAAGCUUGAUUUGGAGCUGACAGUUGAGGAGCGAAACCUCCUCUCAGUGGGUUAUAAAAAUGUUAUUGGGGCUCGCCGAGCAUCAUGGCGCAUCAUGUCAUCUAUCGAGCAGAAAGAAGAGUCAAAGGGGAAUGAACAAAAUGUUAAACAAAUUAAAGGUUAUCGUCAAAAGGUGGAAGAAGAACUCACUCAGAUAUGCAAUGAUAUCUUGACUAUCAUAGAUCAGCACCUGAUCCCAUCUUCUGGCUCUGGGGAGUCUACGGUUUUCUAUUACAAGAUGAAGGGUGAUUAUUACCGCUAUCUUGCAGAGUUUAAGACCGAUCAAGAGAGGAGAGAAGCAGCUGAACAGUCUUUGAAGGGCUAUCAAGCUGCUACUAACACAGCCAACACUGAUCUGCCCCCGACCCAUCCAAUUCGUCUCGGUCUCGCACUGAACUUCUCAGUUUUCUAUUAUGAAAUUAUGAAUUCCCCUGAAAGGGCAUGUCAUUUGGCAAAACAAGCCUUUGAUGAGGCAAUCGCAGAAUUGGACACUUUAAGCGAAGAGUCCUACAAGGAUAGCACAUUAAUUAUGCAGUUGUUGAGGGACAAUCUUACCCUCUGGACUUCUGAUUUACCUGAUGAUGGAGGUGAUGAUGGUUUCAAGGGCGAGGAUGCUAAAGCAGCUGCUGAAUCUGAGUCAAAGGACUAGUGGUGAUGCUCAUGUUCCGCAAAUUUGGGACCGUCUUAUAUGGGGCAACCAUGAGAAAUCAGUCUUCACAAGGGCAUUUUUUUUUUUCAGUUGAAUGGGAGUUUCUCCAUUAUAUAUCAAACUAUGGGUCUCUUCCUUGAAAGGGCUUUUCUGUUUUCUGUUCUAUAUAAUUAUAGGAGAAAGCUGGCCAGUGGAUUGUCUUCCUGAUCUUUUAACCUUCUUCCUUUAUUCAUUCUCCCUUUUUAUAAUGAUAAAGCAUCUUAUAGUGGUCUGUAUGAGGUUA